AUGGGGACAGUUGGGGACCUCACUGCCGCCCCACAGCUGGGGGAAGCGCAGCGCGGCGAGCCUGGGUACCGGCGGCUCCUUCGCUCGCUCCCGCCGCCUCCCCGCCGGGACCGGGACCGGGACCGGCUCUCCAUGGAAGGGCAGCGGCUGCGGCCGGAGCGCCUGAAGUUUGCCCGGAGCGAGGUGCCGCGGGAGGUGGAACUGGGGAGCUGGGGCGGCGGCGGCGGCGGCGGCUUCAAGGACAUCCCGGGAACGUCGGCAGUCAGCCCCGGUUCCUCCAAGGAGUGCGCCCCGGACAGCGAGAGCCCGUCGGGAACCAGCGAGGCGGACUACUGCCGCCGCAUCCUGGUGCGAGAUGCCAAAGGGACGAUCCGGGAGAUCGUGCUCCCCAAGGGUCUGGACCUGGACCGGCCCAAGCGGACACGGACGUCCUUCACAGCGGAGCAGCUCUAUCGCCUGGAGCUGGAGUUCCAGCGCUGCCAGUACGUGGUGGGCAGGGAGAGGACGGAGCUAGCGCGGCAGCUCAACCUCUCCGAAACCCAGGUCAAGGUCUGGUUCCAGAACCGACGCACCAAGCAGAAGAAGGACCAGAGCAGGGACUCUGAGAAACGCUCCGCCGCCACCUCCGAGUCCUUCGCCACCUGCAACAUCCUCCGGCUGCUGGAACAAGGCCGGCUCCUCUCCGUCCCGGCCCCCCGCCUCCUCUCUCCCACCUCCAACCCCAUCGGCAGUCCUACGGGCAACGGAUCCGGCUUGGCCACCCCGGGAACCACCUCUCCCGGGCUCGGCGGCGGGAGCAGCCCCCCCGGGUCGGGAGCCUUCAGCCUGCAGGUCCCUUCUCUCGCCUCUUCCUCCUCCUCUUCCUCCUCCUCGCCCAGGCUGCCGGCCGCCCCGCUCUGCUUCGGGGGGCCGCUCCUGGGCAGCCUGCACGACCUCCCGGGCGCUUACGGACUGGGCACUUCUGCUUUUGAGCCUUACACGCGGCUGGAAAGGAAAGACAAUUCUAUACCCAGCAAGAAGCCAAGCCCUUAA